AUGCAAAAGAUAUGUGCCAUUGAUGAAGAAAAAAAGUACAAAAGGAAGGCUGAGCAGAGGGAAAAAACUGCUGAAGAGAACAACAGAAAAGUAGGUUUUUUUGUUAAAAAAACAGAAAGGUGGUUGAAAAUGAGUGACAACAACAAUAACAAUAACAACAAUGAAUCUGAAAAGGAACCAUCAGAGGAAGAGGAAAAUAGUGAAGAAAUAGAAAAAUCUGAAGUAGAAGAAGAGGAAUCGGAGGAGGAGUCGGAGGAGUAUAAAUACAGUGAUGGCAAUACUACAGAUUCGGAUGAGCCUAAACUUGAUUCCUUGCCGACCCAAUCACUCUCCACCGAUCAUCCAUGUUAUGAAGAGUAUAUGAAGUCUGGAGAAGACUAUGAAUCUUACCUCAUAGAUUUCGAUCCUCGGACACGAGUUCCACCACUGAGAAAACGAAAUGAUCAAGUACCAGCAUCAUCUCAAGGACCAGCGGCGGCAGAUCAAGUGGCACCAACACAGCAGGAAGCUAGCAGCAGCAGCAAAUCAAGGACGCUCUCCUCCACUGGACAUCCAAAGAGGGGAAGGAAAUGA